UUCAAGCAUAGGCAUUGCCGAAUGAAGUAUAAGCGUUGAAUACCGUAUUUAUGAUCACUUGUCUUAGGAAACCCCAUGGAGACUAUUUGGUGGUCUGUUGUGAAGGCAAUGCAGGGUUCUAUGAAGUUGGAACACCCAACACUCCUUUGGAAGCAGGGUAUUCUGUGCUUGGCUGGAAUCACCCCGGUUUUGGGGGUUCAACCGGAUUGCCGUAUCCCGCUGAUGAGCAAGAUGCCAUUGACACUGUCAUGCAAUUCGCGAUCAAUGAGUUGAAGUUUCCGUUGGAUAAAAUCGUGAUUUUUGCGUGGAGCAUUGGGGGUUAUUCAGCAUCUUGGGCAGCGAAGCAGUAUCCUGAUGCCAGAGCUGUGAUUUUGGAUGCAAGUUUUGAUGACGUAGUGCCUCUUGCGUAUUCAAAAAUGCCGGAGGUACUUCAUCCAAUUGUGGAGAAAACUUUGAGGUCUCAUUUCGACUUGAACGUGUUGAAGCAGUUGAAAGAGUACAAAUCAGGGCCUGUUAUGUUCGUUAAAAGGUUGCGUGAUGAAAUAAUAUGCGUCGAACCCGGGAAUCAAGCGACUAAUCGCGGGAUCGAUUUGGCUCUGGGAUUUUUGAAGCACAGGUACCCGAAAGUGUUCAGAGGGGAAGCAUUGAAAGCAGCCAAGCGUUUCGCAGAAGCGAACAGUUCCUCAGAAGCUAGCCGAGUUGCAUCGAGUUAUCAGUAUCGCGAAGGCGACGCGGAAUUGGACGCUUUGAUCGGAGAUCACGUCCAGCAGAAAGGAGCGGACUUUCCUUCUCUCAUAGACGCUACGGAUGAUGCUUCGCGUAUCAAACUCGCGCUUCAUCUGUACAAGAAGCAUGUCGUCGAUUACGACAUGGAUCACUGCUCACUGUUACCAAAAGCAUUGUUCGUUUUGCCAUGGGAUUUUCGAGAAGCCGAAACUCCGCUGGUCGGUGGUGGACAGAAUGCUUAUUAUCUGCUACCUAAUGAGAAUUGUUCGUCGCAGUUGAAUGUUGAAUUUUUUGCGGCGUGA